AUGAAGGUGUAGCACAUUCGCUUUGUAACCCUCUGGUGGAGAUCAGUCCCCCUCCUGCAAUGGCUUUCUCAGGAACCUAUGAGCUGCAGUCAAAGGAGAAUUUUGAGGCUUUCAUGAAAGCAAUUGGGGUUCCUGAUGAUGUCACCCAGAAAGCAAAAGAUCUGAAGACUAUCACAGAAAUUGUCCAGACUGGGAAUCAUUUUGUGAUUACAAUGACCACGGGGCUUAGUAUCUUACGAAAUGAGUUCACAAUCGGUGAGGAGGUUGAGAUGGAAUCACUGAUUGGCAAGGCUAAGACUGUCGUUAAUCUAGUGGAUGGCAAGAUGGUUGCGCAGCUUAAGGAGAUUCACUCUGUCACUGAAGUCUCCGGAGAUCUUCUCAUCGGUAUUUUGACCUGCAAAGGAAUUGUCUACAAGUCAGUUAGCAAGAAACUUCCCUAGAAGAGCAAGCUGAUAUUUAUUUAACAGUUAACUAAAUACAAUAAAAAUUAUGAUGAAAAAAUAAA